AUGAUUGCCCCACCUAGCAGCGACCUGGAAAACUACACUAACAUCUCGAGCACAACUGGAACGUACGAAAAUAGUUCCGCGGAUUGGCUUCCGUCGGAUUCCUCCCGUUUGCGCGAAUUAGAUCUUCCGGUUACGAUCGUAAGCAUUUUGAUUCUGUUAGUCACGACACUGAUUGGAACAGUUGGAAAUAUCUUUGUGUUUGUUGCAGUAUAUUCUAGUAAAUUGCUUAAAACUGUAAUGAAUGCUAUGUUGGUAAAUCUGGCGAUAGGUGACGCUGUGACCGUGGUGAUCGUCGCGCCUUCUCUUCUUGUGGUUUUCGUGGCGUCUGUUGGGGGAACGACUCUUCCCGCGGAGUUCUGUAGCUACCUUGACUUCUUCCAUACGCUAGGUGGCACUGUGCAGCUUGUGAGCUUGGUGUGCAUAAGUUAUGAACGAUAUCAAGCAAUCGCUGAUCCAUUCGAAGUGGAGGAAAAGGUCCGCAGAGUAAAAAUCAGUAUAUGUUUUUCAUGGACUCUUGGAUUAUUAUUCGCGUGUGUUGUGACGUUUUGGGUACACACGACCCCGAUGUGGUUAUUUUGCAGCGGGACGGAGUACGAUACGAAUAUUUAUUCAAAUUACUACGCAGAUUUAGGUCUUGGGCCAGUGAGCUUUCUUGUUACGUUUCUCGUGUUAUUCCUCUAUGUUAAGAUCCUUCUGGCCCUGAAACGCCACUUGGAGAAGAAAAACAUGACACUGAAGAAGAAUAAGGUGCAGCCAAAGACACCAAAGCAGAGUACAGUUUCCGACACGCCAGCGGCAGGGCUGUUGAAAACAGUCGGACCCGAGGCGAAGGUGAUGACGGAGUCAUCCACGGCCACAUCUCCUCAAGCUGAAACUAGUCCGAAAGCUAAAAAAGGCGCCAUAUUUUGGAAAAAGAAGGUGAAAAUCAGCCCGUCGGAGAAAGUGUCGUCGAGCUGCAACGGAGGGAGUAAGUCAAGUCUCCUCAACCGCAGCGUGCAUAAAUCGAGUUUGAGUAAAAAACGAGGCUCGUUUGGUCAGGCGAGUGUGGAUGUUUUAGUCAUGCAAGAUGAAAAUGAUCCAGGAAAUGAAACAAUUGUUUUUGUUCCGAGGAAGCCACUGACAAUUAAAAAUGUCAACAAUGCGGUUUCUUUUAUCAAACGGACAAAUCAAAAGUUAUCGGACACAAGAUCUGGCGAUGAUUUCUAUUUAGAAAAGGAAGCAUCCUCUCUUCUUGAAGUUAGUGAAACGGGGUCUAAAGUCGUAGGAGCUGAUGCAAAGGAACCGGAAAUAACGCAAUUUGCUGCCAGUUCACAGACAGAGAGAAACACAGGCGGUAUAAAAUGUGCUUUUGAAAAGUCAGAAUCAGCGAAAUUGGCGGAGAAUGAAAUGACAUCAUCCAGUGAUAAUUCCAGUCCAUUGCAGUCUAAAAACACAAUGCCUUUGCUUUUUAAGAAAUUACCAUCCGCGCCAAAUGGUUUCAUAAAGAAUUCCGCUCAAAAGAUAGAGCCCCCUUCAAAAAAAGAUGUUUUAGAAAUGUCGCCUGAAAAACCAUCAAUUCAGGAAAGGGAAAUUACCAAAAUAGCAUCCCAUGAAAAACGAUCAGCUCCAAAUAGUGAGAAUAGUGACUUUGCAAAAACUUCUUCUCAAAAAAAGCGAUCCGUUCCAGAAAGCGACAUUGCCGGAAUGUCACCUCGUAAACCACAAUCCGUCCCAGAGAGUGACCUUGCCGGAAUGUCACUGCAUAAACCUCAAUCCGUUCCGGAUGGUGACGCUGUCGGAAUGUCACCCCAGAAACCACCACAUUUAUCCGUUACAGGGAGUGUCGCUGGUGGAAUGUCACCUCAUAAACCAGAAUCCGUUCCAGAAAGUGACAGUGCCAAAACGUCUCCUCAGAAAAAGCAAUCCGUUCCAGAGAAUGAGAUCGAAACAGUGACAUCUGAUGCUGCGAUCGAGAAAGAUUUGAAACAUGAACCAGGUACUGUUGUCUUUGGCAAGAAAGCUAAGCUGGGAGACAGGGCGCUGACCGCUGUAGAUUCUUCAGUGGAUGUCAGUGCAUUUCAACCUGGGAACGGCGUGCAUGCUGCUGCCACAUCUGUCGUUCAGCUACAGCAGAAGCCGAAAAAGCAGGGUCUUGUAUUUUGGAAAAAGAAGGCUAGGGUUCCCGAAGAGAUUGACACCUCUGAAACGGACAAACAAGUAACUGCUAAUAACAUUGUUUCAUCUAGCAAUGAGAAAGGCAUGCUACUGGAUGGUGAAACUACAGCGAAAAAACAGGGAGCAGUAUUUUGGAAAAAGAAGGCUAAAGUUGGAGUUGCGGUGACUAAUGUAACUGGAGAGAUAACUCAAGAUGCUGCUGGUGAAACUGUUUCUUUUCGACCAGGGAAUAAAGCACCUCCUGGUGAGAAUCAGGAACUUGCAGACACAGUUUCCUUUCUGACGCAGGGGAACAACUUGGUGGACGUGCACGACUUUCACGGCAAGGUCAUGAUGGCCGCCGCAAAGACAGAUCAGGUCGUCGGAUCAGUCUGUGUUAUGUCUGACAAAAAUAAAUUCAAUGGCAGACGAAAACUUGAGGGAAAGACCGCCAAACGGGCCUCUGUUAUCAUCAUCGUCUUCCUCGUCUGCUGGUUGCCAAUGCCCAUUGUUUACCUCGUGACCGGUCACGUGACUAACCGCUAUGGCGUCCAGCGGAUGAUCAACGGGGCAGAGAUGUUCUGUUUAUGUUUGGCAUCUCUGACUGCGGCGCUGAACCCGAUUGUUUAUAGUUUGGUGAAUAAACAGUGGAGGAACGAAUUCUUGAGACUGAUGAAGAAAUGUCUCAAAAAGACGUAGCCUAAUUUGAAUAUUUCAGCUCAUUUCACGGGUAACGUGACGACAUAAGGUCACGUGAUUUCUUGCCAUAUUGAUAUCGCUCCAUGGACUUAAUUGGCAUUUCCUGCUUUCUGAAGACAGUGUCGUAAAGGGUUAAAUUAAUUAGUUCCAAAGAAUAAGAAUAGCAUCAA